UGACGUCACAGCGCGAUGGCGGCGGCUCCUUCAGGCAGCUGAGGGGGAAUUUAGGCCCGGGAGAUCCGAGUCCAUCCGUGGCGGGGAGAGGGCAAGCGUGGUCGGCAGGAGCCGGAGCAGGGGCAGCGGCGCUCGGACUGUCCCAUCCGCCCCAUAUUGUGGCUCUGGGAGCGGCUGGGCGGCUGGAAAGCGAUGGUGAAAGCGGGGCCGUGAGGGGGGCGGAGCCGGCAGCCAGACCCGCAGUAGCGGCAGCGGCGGCGCCGCCUCCCCAAGCUCAGACCCAGGAAGCGGCCGGGAGGGCAGGAGGGAGUCGGCCCGCCGCCGCCGCCGCCGCCGCCACCGCCGCCGCCGCCAUGGAGCUCCGAGUCGGGAACAGGUACCGGCUGGGCCGGAAGAUCGGCAGCGGCUCUUUCGGAGACAUCUAUCUCGGUACGGACAUUGUUGCGGGAGAAGAAGUUGCCAUCAAGCUUGAAUGUGUCAAAACCAAACACCCUCAGCUCCACAUUGAGAGCAAAAUCUACAAAAUGAUGCAGGGAGGAGUGGGCAUCCCCACCAUCCGGUGGUGCGGGGCCGAGGGGGACUACAACGUCAUGGUGAUGGAGCUGCUGGGGCCCAGCUUGGAAGACCUCUUCAACUUCUGCUCGAGGAAGUUCAGCCUCAAGACCGUCCUGCUGCUGGCCGACCAGAUGAUCAGUCGGAUCGAGUACAUUCACUCCAAGAACUUCAUCCACCGUGAUGUGAAGCCGGAUAACUUCCUCAUGGGGCUGGGGAAGAAGGGCAACCUGGUCUACAUCAUCGACUUCGGCCUGGCCAAGAAGUACCGGGACGCCCGCACCCACCAGCACAUCCCCUACCGCGAGAACAAGAACCUCACCGGGACGGCGCGGUACGCCUCCAUCAACACGCACCUUGGAAUCGAACAAUCUCGAAGGGACGACCUGGAAUCGCUGGGCUACGUGCUCAUGUACUUCAACCUGGGCUCCCUGCCCUGGCAGGGGCUGAAGGCUGCCACCAAGCGGCAGAAAUACGAACGCAUCAGCGAGAAGAAGAUGUCCACGCCCAUCGAAAUGCUGUGCAAAGGCUACCCCUCCGAGUUUGCCACGUACCUGAAUUUCUGCCGUUCGUUGCGUUUUGAUGACAAGCCUGACUACUCGUACCUGAGACAGCUCUUCCGUAACCUAUUCCAUCGCCAGGGCUUCUCCUACGACUACGUGUUUGACUGGAACAUGCUCAAGUUUGGUGCCAGCCGGGCCGCUGACGAUGCCGAGCGGGAACGCCGGGACCGCGAGGAGCGAUUGAGACACUCCCGGAAUCCAGCCACGCGGGGGCUGCCUUCCACAGCCUCCGGCCGGCUGCGGGGAACACAAGAAGUGGCUGCCCCCACCCCUCUCACCCCUACCUCACACACUGCUAACACCUCUCCUCGGCCCGUGUCCGGCAUGGAAAGGGAGCGGAAAGUGAGUAUGCGGCUGCACCGCGGCGCCCCCGUCAACAUCUCCUCGUCGGAUCUUACGGGCCGACAAGAUACCUCCCGCAUGUCCACCUCACAGAAUAGCAUUCCUUUCGAACACCACGGCAAGUAGCUGCACGUCUCCCGUUGGAAGGCAGCACUGGAUUCCCGGUCGGGUGGCUUCCAGUGGUCUUCAGUCUGUCGUGCACCGAUGAGAGCUCCUUUGUGCUGUGAAGGGCAGGCAAUGCAUGGCUGAUCUCCUGUUACAUGGCUUUACUAGUGACGCUCCCCGGGCUAGGACACCGGGCACUCCAGGCCACCCACUCAGCAACGCCCGGGGGAAAGACUGACCGGACAGACUCCAAGCGCUGCCACCGCCGGGCUCCACUGAGGCCCCGGGGACGGUGUCCCGGGGCUGGGAAGACGGCCGCCUGAGUGCCAGACACUUGCAGACAGCAGACUCCGAUCCAGAGCCUUUCGGUCCUCCCUCCGCGGUGGUGCCCGUGCUCCCCGAUGAGUCUGCUGUACCACCAUCUUCUACUUGGUUCUGACAGUUUUGUAUCAUUUUGCUAAAAAUUACUGGCUUAAAUCUGUGUAAAGAAUCUUUUUAUUGUUUCUUCUCGUCUGUUUCUGCGGUCUUAAAAAAGAUGACCUCAAGUGUCCCGCCUCAGACACCGGCGUGGAGUUUCUGUAGACCAAGGUUGGCGGGUACCCUGCUGCCAGUGACGUUUCCUGCUUCUGUUUGGUGUAGUCCACCGUGGAGAGGGGUGUUCUCCCGGAAAUUGUCACGUGUACACGUGUGUAACGUGUCUGUGCGUGUGUUGUGUGCUGUGUCCUGUGACCUCCUGGUUUUGGCCAUCACUCCCUUCCACCGUCACUGAGCCGCCAGGACUCGAGUCGUCAGAGCCGUUAGAAGGGCGGAGCGAGCGCUGACCCACCUCCCAGACGCGGCAGUGGACCAGGUGCCUAGGACCCCGGGCCCAGGACGCGGACGCGGAGGCUGCGCCGGGCCCUCCUGGGUUGUGCGCGGUUCCUUUGCUGAUGGCUGUUGCCUGGGGGCAUUUUCUAGACAGACUGUAAAUAUUAGCGUUGCAGAGUGGCCCUUCCGUGUGCUAACAUCUGUGUACUCAACAUCUGUCCACCUGGGAUGCAAGUUUGCCCAGAAAGAGGCUGGCCAAAGGGAGCCCCCUCUGAAGUGACCUGAGGCCCAGGAGGAGGGUAUGUCCUGCUUUGAGCCCAGAGGACGGGAAGCAGGCAGCGCCGGGCUGCCGUGUGCGUGCCCCAGGCGGUGGCAGAGUAGCCGGGGCCCCCGUCUCGGAGCAGGGCACAAUGCAUACAUUCGUAGGUACUCCCACUCCGUCACCCCACGGCACCUGGGGAGCUUGUAGGAAGCUGUUAGCCUUUAAAGGUGUCCAGGUCCAUGUCCCUCCUGCCCCGCGUCCCACCGCACAGGGGCGCUGGUCCUGGGACACCCCGGUGGGUGCACCGAUGCACAGCUGGCUGCCCUGCAGGUGCUGGGGGAUGUGACUAGCGGGUGAGUCAGCAGGGGCUUCCCUCGGGAUGGGUAGCCGCAGUUCACCCAGCCCUCCCGCUGGCCGCCGACAGUGUCACAUCGAUUGCCCCGCCACGAGCCAGUGUCUGCAGCCCGCGGGGUGGUGUCCGACUGCAUUUGUGUGACCACUGUAUUUGUGUACUUACCACACCGUGUAAAUAAUAAAUAUAUGACGUCUACCUUUC